CCUCCUCCAGCAUGGCUGCCUCUGCGUCUGAAUUCGCUCCCUUUACCACUCGCACCGCCACUGUGGAGCGCAUCACAAAUGAGACAAAGAUCCAGUGCACCCUCGCUCUGGAUGUGCAUCCCAAGUUUGCACCUCAGGAGAUCAGCGUAAAGACCGGCAUCGGGUUCUUGGACCAUAUGCUCCAUGCCCUAGCCAAGCACGGCGGCAUGUCACUCACCCUCGCCUGCGCCGGUGACCUCUGGAUCGACGACCAUCACACUGCCGAGGACUGCGCUCUCGCCCUAGGCGAAGCCUUCAAGCAAGCCCUUGGUCCCAUCAAGGGCAUCAAGCGCUAUGGCACUGGUCACGCACCCCUCGAUGAAGCCCUCUCUCGCGCCGUCAUUGACAUUUCAUCAAGACCUUACUGUGUUGCUGAGCUUGGACUAAAGAGGGAGAAGAUUGGAGAUCUCAGCUGUGAGAUGAUCCCACAUGUAUUCCAUAGCUUUGCAAUGGCUGCGGGAGUAACGCUGCAUGUGGAUUGCCUGAGGGGAGACAAUGACCAUCAUCGCUCCGAGUCGGCCUUCAAGGCCCUCGCGCUGGCCAUCAAGGAGGCCGUCUCCAAGACCGGUCUGGACGAUGUACCGAGCACAAAAGGUGUACUAUGAGUGAAAGUCUGAGUGUAGCGCUGGCGCUCAAGCAUAGAUAACUCUUCGCACAUCUAUUGUCCGUUCGUCUGCUGCCUGAUUGAGGGAUGCAUUGAGAAGUGUCGAUUGAGAGACGACAGAGUAUCGUGUAGUAGACAAACAAGGUAUAUGCGGGUAUAGCGAAACCAAAACAAACAAACGAACAAAAGAAGCGAUGCAAAAAGAAUUGGCCCCUCCCUCAGCUCACCCACUUAUCAAGCAGCAACCU